AUGGAGAAAGGAGAAGAAAUAAUCGAAGAACAAGCCAAAACGACGUCGUUGUUCCCCGUUUUCCACCGCCAACAACCGCCGCUUCAAAUUUCCUCCUCCGCCGCCGCCGCCACCUCAGAACCAUGGCUUUGCAACUCCAGCUUUACCACAGACCUCUCCGUCAUAAACGACGCCGUUUCCAAAUACGACCAACCCUAUGAAGAAGACGAAGAAGAAGACGAAAAUAAAUCUGAAAAAAGUAAUUCCGAUAAACUGCGUUCACAGUACGAGUUGGUGGACUCUCCGGUAUCUGAUAAAAGCUCCUCCUCUUCUGAUAGGGAGAAGAGGAAGAAAAGGAAAAAGAAGAAAAGGAAGAGGGAAAAUGGACGGCCAUCAUCGUAUGACUAUGCAGCAACUUUCUCUUCUUCUACGAGAAAACCUGAUGUUAAAAAAUGGGCUUAUUCAUCUACUUCAAGUGAUAAAGAAUAUUACUUUGAUUCUCAUGGAGAUCGCGAUAACUUGGCCUUCGGGUCUCUUUACAGAAUGGAUUUGGCACGCUACAAGCUUUACAAUUCUAAGAAAAUGUCCGACCAUAACUAUAUACAAUCAAAUCAAAAGUUUGGGAGUUUAGAAGGGGAGAACGAUAUCGAUGCAUUGGGUACUACACUUAGAUCUGGGGUUAGAUAUUGGUCUGCCAAGUACUGUGCUCUUGAGCGCCAUAAGAACUUGAAACGUGUCCGAAUAUUUGGUCGAAGAAAACCCAUAUCAAGUUCAGGUGCAGAUUAUAUCCCAUUACUGGAUGAAGAAAAAACAGAGGUGUCUUUCAUGGGUGCAACAGUGGUCGAAGAGUCAUGGGAAGACGAGGUCUUGCGGAAAACAAAAGAGUUCAAUAUGUUGACAAGAGAACAUCCUCAGGAUGAGAGUAUUUGGUUGGCUUUUGCAGAUUUUCAAGACAAGGUUGCGAAUAUGCAGCCCCAUAAAGGUGCUCGUUUGCAGAUUCUUGAGAAGAAGAUCAGUAUUUUGGAGAAGGCAACUGAGCUCAACCCGGAUAGUGAAGAUUUGCUGCUCUCUCUUAUGAAUGCUUAUCGAAGCAGAGACAGCACUGAUGCCUUGAUUGGGAGAUGGCAGAAGAUACUCACUCAAAAUUCUGGGAGUUUCAAGCUGUGGAGAGAGUUUUUACAUGUUGUUCAGAGUGAAUUUUCCAGAUUCAAGGUUUCUGACAUGAGGAAAAUGUAUGGCAAUGCAAUCCAAGCUAUAGCUGGUGCAUGCAGCAAGCAGCAUAGGCAGGUUCAUCAUUCUUUCAAUGCACCUUCUAUUGAUCCUGCUGUUGUUGACCUAGAACUUGGUUUGGUCGAUGUAUUUCUGAGUCUUUGCCGCUUUGAGUGGCAGGCAGGUUACCAAGAGUUGGCCACUGCUUUAUUUCAGGCAGAGAUUGAAUACAGUUUGUUCUGUCCUUCUCUAGUUCUUACUGAACAAAGUAAGCAAAGACUUUUUAAGCACUUCUGGAGCAGUAAUGGUGCUAGAAUUGGAGAAGAUGGUGCACUUGGCUGGUCAACUUGGUUAGAGAAAGAGGAAGAACAGAGGCAAAGGCUUAUUAGUGAGGAGUCUUCAAAUGAUGUUGAAAAAGGCGGUUGGACGGGUUGGUUUGAACCAUUAUCUAAACAAAAGGAAACUAGUGAAAUUGCAGCAAGCACCACAGAAAACGAUAUGGCUUUUGAGGAGUCUGACCAUGAAUCUGAGAUGAUAAACAUCGAGCAGAAGGAUGAUAUAGAGGCUCUGCUUAAAAAGGUUGGGAUUGAUGCUGCUGCUGAAGCUGAUAGCCAGAUUAAAGAUACAAAAACAUGGACUAUGUGGUCAAAGGCAGAGUUAGAAAGAGAUUCUGAUCAAUGGAUGCCUAUUCGCGCAAAAUCUGAUCAAAUUUCUCAUACCGAUGGAACAGCUGAUAUGGAAGAUGAUGAGCAGCUUUUGAGGGUAAUAUUAUAUGAAGAUGUGAGCGAUUACCUGUUCUCAUUAAAUUCUAUGGAAGCACGCUUUUCGCUCGUAGCCCAGUUAAUAGAUUUUUAUGAAGGGAGGAUUUCUAAAUGGGCUUGCACAAACAGUUCAAGUUGGGCUGAGAAGACUCUCAGUUUAGAGACUCUUCCAUACUCUAUCAUAGACAGUAUGAGACAAGUUCGCAAUAUUCUAGUUGAAAAACAAGACAACCCAACGACUACCCCUUUGGAGCUUCUAUUAAGCAGUUCAGAUGACACAGAUAUGAGGAGUAAUGCAAUGAAGUUUCUUUGUAAUGCUACCUUGCUUUGUUUGACAGCAUUUCCACAAAAUUACAUAUUGGAGGAAGCUGCUCUUAUUGCUGAAGAGCUGUCAAAUACAAAAAUGAAUAGAUCAGUCUCUUCAGUGACCCCAUGUCGAGCUUUAGCAAAAACGCUAUUGAAAAAUAAUCGGCAGGAUGUAGUGCUGUGUGGAGUUUAUGCUCGGAGAGAAGCACUGUUCGGGAAUAUCGAUCAUGCAAGAAAGGUUUUUGACAUGGCAUUGUCCUCUAUUGAGGGGCUUCCAUUGGAUGUUAGGCCAAAUGCAUCUAUUUUGUAUUUCUGGUAUGCCGAAGUGGAGCUCGGAAAUAGUAAUGUUGAAAAUUCUGACUCAGUUUCGCGUGCAAUGCAUAUCUUAUCUUGUGUGGGUAGUGGGGCACUAUAUAGUCCAUUUAAGUGUCAGCCAUCAAGUUUGCUACAGCUUAGAGCACGCCAAGGGUUCAAAGACCGCAUAAAAAUGUUACGUCCAACGUGGACAUGUGGCAUCGUAGAUGAUCAUUCUGUUGCUCUCAUCUGUUCAGCUGCUUUAUUUGAAAAGUUGACUACUGGAUUGGCCACUGCUUUUGAAAUUUUAGAAGAUACUUUUACGAUGGUUCUUCCUGAGAGAAGACGGCAAAGUUGUCAACUUGAAUUUCUGUUUGAAUAUUAUGUGAGGAUGCUUUGUGAAAACCAUGCGGUAUGGGAACUAGCAAAAGUAUGGGAAGCUAUUAAGAAAGGGCUGCAAAUAUAUCCUUCCAAUCCAAAUCUGUACAGUGCUUUAACUGAAAUCAGUGAACUUCAUACUUCACCCAACAAGUUACGGUGGAUUUUUGAUGACUACUGUCGCAAGACACCUUCUGUGGUUACAUGGCUCUAUGCACUAUCGUUCGAGAUGAGAAGAGGAGGUACCCAGCAUAGAAUACGUGGACUCUUUGAAAGGGCAUUGGAGAAUGACAAAUUGCGCAUUUCAGUACUCCUCUGGCGUUGUUACAUAGAAUAUGAGAUGAAUAUCGCAUGCAAUCCUUCUGCAGCUAGAAGAGUGUUUUUUCGUGCUAUCCAUGCCUGCCCAUGGUCUAAAAAGCUUUGGCUUGAUGGCUUUCUCAAACUCAAUUCCAUACUAACUGUGAAAGAGCUCUCAGACCUCCAAGAAAGAAGAGGACUGGAGGACAGAGCUUACGCAAUUGUUAUAAAUACUCUAGAAGGCAACUUGAUGUUGAGAUAUAUGUUGAAUAAGACAACUCGAUUUAGCUGGGGUACGAAUCGCCUUAUUAGCUUGGCCUUGCAGCAAGAAUAA